AACAGAUUUGGACACAAGUGUUGCUCAAACGACUCAGACCUGCGAAACGAGAUUAACGUUUCAUUCAUCGGCAGAAGUGCCACAACUUAGACAAUGGUUCCGAUCUAAUCCCAAACCAUCCGAUCGACUACUUCUUAAAUAUGCAGAACUCCUCAAUCAAAGCUCAUUACGACAGGAAAGCUGAGUCGAAAUGUAUGACAAGUAUUGUCUCUCGGAAUCAAUUGCUGUCUUCGUGUUCCACCUCUUCGGACAUCGGAUUACAUGAGAGCCGAGACAGCAGUGAAGACGAGCCAACCCUCACAAUGGCUUUCAAUGUCGACGACUCUGAGGACAAUAUUCUGUGA